AUGGUAAGUUCUCCUCUCAAGAGUUUUAUUCGGUGGUACGGUUUAUUUUAUGUGUAUGCUGGUAAUUCUUUUGCUUGCUUUAAGGAGAAAUUAAAGCGAUCGUGUGUUGCGGUUGACCACGUCCUCAAACUGAGAGGGAUGACUGAUGCGUAUAACGAUAGAAAAAUACUCCUGAAAUUGAUCAACCAUGUGAUGCACCCACAUAACAAAGCAGGUAAGUCAACGGGAAAGCUGCAAGAACGAUUAUUCAGUCCUGAACAAAAUGAUCAGGGCAGCCCUCGGGAUAUAAGUACAUCUUAG